AUGGAUACUACAAACCAAAACACCCAGUUUCAAACACUCAAUCAACCCAUAUCCACCCAAUCAUUUACACCCAUCCCACCCUACGAUCAGACAGGCUAUCGUCCUGACAUUGCCUCAUCCAGCCAACCACCCCAAAACAAUUACGAAGGCAUGGGCAACCCUUUUGAUUUGGGUGACUUUACGGAUAUGGACCCGUCUUCAUGGGCCGAAGUGAUGCAAUUGCUUGAAGACGACACAGUGGACCCGACUCCACAACAAAGACCACGAAGAAACGUUCGUGAUCGGGGAUGCGGUACGGGCGGACGUUUAAACCGACCAAGUCGUAGAAACUAG